AUGGUGUCGUUCUUAUCAAAGGUUUCGGUCAUUGUGCUGGCAGCCACUGUAUCUGCGAACGCGACAAGUGGCAGCGCAACGAGCACAGACGCCACUCCUUCUGUUGCGACUGACGUUGUCGCUUCCGCCAGUUCUUUGAUCUCCACAGCGUCCAAUUUUCGAGGAAAGGAUCCUUGUAGAUGCGUACCCGGUGACAGAUGCUGGCCGUCGGACUUGAUAUGGAGGAUCUUCAAUGUCACGGUUGGCGGAAAGUUGAUCAAGACGACACCGGUGGCCGUGUCAUGCUAUCCCGGUCCUGACCAAAACCCGGCCCAGUGUGCUUAUGUGGACGCAAACUGGGCGGACGCGACAUUUCAAGCCAACAAUGUCGUUGGGCUCUCGUACCCGACCAACAUCACUUGUCCUCCAGUCAAUGUUACCGCAGGAGAAACAACAACUGGUUCAUGCACUCUGGAUGUCAGCCCGAGCUAUGCAGUUGACGCUACAAAUCCUUUGCAGGUUGCUCUGACCAUUGCCUUUGCCAAGCUAUUCAACAUCCGGCUGGUCGUCAAGAAUACUGGCCACGAUUUGCUUGGGAGAUCUGAAGGCCACGGCGGUCUCGAAGUCUGGAUUAGACAUCUGCGCAACGGCAUCACUUAUCAACCCGCGUAUCAAUCAAGCACCAAGUGCAGCAAAAGCUGCUGGGGUGGCAGUGCUAUCAAGGUUGCUGGCGCGUACACCUGGGGUGAUGUCUACGCCGUUGCCAAAGCCAACAAUGUCGUGGUUGUUGGAGGAGGGACACCUUCUGUGGGAGCCAUCGGAGGCUGGAUGCAAGGAGGUGGCCACGGACCACCGUCCCGACAGUUUGGACUGGGAGCACACCAAGUCCUAGAACUGGAUGUUGUCCUCGCGAGUGGUGCCUUGGUCACUGCCAAUGCUUGCCAGAACAGCGACCUAUUCUUUGCUCUUCGUGGUGGUGGCGGCGGCACUUACGGCGUCGUCGUCUCAAGCACGAUCAAGGCCUACCACAUGGUCAGCGUUGCCGUGCAACAUCUGGCGAUAGGUGCUCUGAGUUCAAACACGUCGGGCUUGCUCGACGUCGUGGCUAUCCUGUAUUCUGAGUACCCAGAUUUGGAUGAUGCAGGAUAUGCUGGUUAUGGGCAAUGGGGAAUCAACAGCCCGACCCCUUUCUUUGCUACCUUCACAGCCGGUUACAUCCACGGGUUUUAUAUAUUCAACAAGACCGUUGCUGAAGCGCAAGCAGCUUUUGAUGCCACGAGGGCAAAACUGGCUCCAUACAACAUGACAAGUGUCUUUAUUUCCGAGACCUAUGCAAGUUAUCCCGAUUAUUGGACUUUCUACAACACCGAGUCAGGCGUUGAGCCUCCAGUUGGAACUCCCAGUGCCCUUGGAUCACGCCUGUUUGACCGGACUUCAGUGACUUCGAGCUUUUCUGCCCUUCGGUCCCUGAUUGGUAUUGUUGCUGGAACACCCGAUCAGUAUACAGUCAACAACUUCGAGCUUGUUUCAGGUGGCCAGGUUUUCCAGGACAAGUCAGACCCUAACUCGGGCGUACUUCCUGCGUGGCGGACCUCGUACUUCAGCAAUAUCGUUGCCAGAGGUUUUCCCAUUGGAACACCCGAGUCUGUCGCCGCAUCGAUUCACCAGGAUAUCACCUAUGUCAAGACAGCUGCAAUGAAGGCAUUGGCUCCCAACACGGGGUCAUACAUGAACGAAGCGGAUCGAUUAGACCCCGACUGGAAAAUCGAUUUCUAUGGCAGCAACUACGACAAACUGCUGUCGAUCAAGCAAAAGUACGACCCGUCGUCCGUGUUUUACUGCCCGACCUGCGUUGGCAGUGACGCCUUUGGUGAAGAUGCUGCCGGCCGCCUAUGCAGAGUUUAG